UUAAUUACAUUAUAUCACGAACAUGGCUUUAAUUACAUUAUAUCACGAACAUGGCUUUAAUUACAUUAUAUUACGAACAUGGCUUUAAUUACAUUAUAUUACGAACAUGGCUUUAAUUACAUUAUAUUACGAACAUAGCUUUGAGCGGCUAUAAUGCUUCUUUGAUCUCCGUCUUUUCAGUAGUCAAGCGUUAAAUACAUACAUGAAAUCACGACCAAUUUCCUUGCUUUUUCCUAAGUACUAAAGUACUUUUAUCAACAACCGCCAACCAAUGAAAAGCGGCCCUCUUUCCCAUCAGAAAGAAUGUCAAUAUUAGUCAUCAUUUCCCACAGAUGUUGUGGAAAUUCACAUUGAUUAACGUCACACUCUGGCAAUAGAAUCGGGAAAUCCUUCAAAGUCUUGGACUGAAUAUGAGUUAUGUGUUUGCUUUGAACGUUGAGUUAGAAGGUAAAAAAUAAAAAUAAAAAUUGAGACAAAAUAGAAAGAUGGAGGCGCAAACGUCGUGUCUCUUUAACGACGAAAAGACGUAAUUAAAUAUCUCGCUGGUUUUCGAAUGAAAAUGCAGUGAUUUCACACUGUGAGGGUAGCACUGGCAGUCUUGGCGCUAACACGCAAUUCUAAAAACAAAACGUCACUAAAUAAUGGCUUUGGCUUUCAAGUCAAAUAUAUUACGUCCGCAGUCCGGAACUCAUAAAGUGCUUAAAUGAAAAAGAGGGUUAAUGUAUUGACACGAAGAGUUUCCACAAAUCUGAAACAAAGAUCAACUCUUGAGUUGUCAGACAAGUUGUCAUGGCGAGGGUCGAUGGCGGAAAAAAGACUCUCGUAGAAUCCCACUAGAACGGCAAGUCUGUGAUCGACAAUUGCAGACUUUGUCAAAUAGAAAUUAUCCAUCGCCGUCUGGAAUGGGGAGCGAAAAGUCAGGUGAUUUUUUGAGCGUCGAAGUGAAAGCGAGAUCUCGUAGAUCGUCAAGUAUUCACGAAGUAGGAUUAGCUCAGGAACUAAAGCUUCGCUUGUCACGCAGAAAGGCCAUGGCGUACUAUGCCAACCGUAGCGUGAAACGCAACGCUCGCAAGCCGAUUGAGAAGUUCCAGUGGGCGGCAAGGGUUGUCCAUGUGCUGGUGUCUUCUUGUAUGCGGUGGCGAAGAUACAAAAAGACAAAUGAAAAACCCACGACCUCACUUACCCGAGCUCCGACCAAGAGGAAACCGAGCGGGAUUGGGUUCGACUCGAAAACCUUCAAAGAGAAGAGCAAGAUCUCCGAGGAUAUCCGUGCGAUCCUGACAACUGUCCCGAGACGAAGGACGCUCGAGCAGCUCAAGAAGGUUCAGCGGCUGUGUCGCACCACGCGCGCGUUCAAUAUAUUUCCUCUCGAGCGUGAAAUGGAUCUCGCCCGAUACGUGGCCUACGAGAGGUACGAUAACGCACGAGUGGUAGCUUGUCAAGACCGCCUGCCUGAACGCUUUUACUAUGUGCUCUCUGGGAGAAUCAGUAAAGUCUGUUUGUAUAAUCUCGCGGCGGGAGUAACUAAGAUGUCAUUUGGGGAGCUGAUGCAAGGUGCUACAACUGACCCUCGCGAGAUUCAAGAGAACAUCCCUAGAGAGCACUCGCUGAUAUGUAAGGGCUCGGUGGAGGUACUCGUCUUAGACAGAGAGGAUUUCAUGGAUCUUAUGACUACAAGUCCAGACCAAGGGCUCCCCACAGAUUUCCUAAGAUCAAUAGAACUGUUCAGAUCUUUUCCGAUGGAAAAGUUCAAAGAAGAGAUGGACUCCAUCACAACAAAGUACUUCGCGCGCGAUUCUGUUAUUGUAAAGGAUAGCAGUGAUUCUCCUUACUUCUUCAUCUUGAAAUCUGGCCGGUGCAAGGUUGUUAGACAACAGGAUGUUCUCGACGUCAGCAAAGCGUCCAAGUUACCGCGAAUACCGAUGGCUAGCAAACCACCCACACGUGCUACCCCUGGAAAGAACCCAACGAGUCUGUUGGAGUUCACAAAGUGUCACACUGCCUGCUCUAAAGAGUCGUUCAUUUUAGACAAGCUACGAGCAAAUAAAGCUGAGCGGGAACAAGGACGGGUAACCGAGGAGGGGAUCAUCACCGACACCCCUUCCCCUGAGGCUGCUCCGCUCCCGCCGAUAAAGAGGAAACACGACUACACCAAGGAGCUUCAAGGGCCUUGUUACGAAGCGGAUAUUUUCAAGCGAACGUCAGAGAUGGAUCUUGUGAGAAAAGCGACAAUGGAGGCGAUGCAGCCGACAAAGCGAUCGUCAGAUAUGACCAACACCGUGCCUACGCGAAAGGCGCUACUCCAAAUAGCGGUACUCAAGCCAGGGGACAUGUUUAGCCUGGAAUCAAUGAUGCCAAAAGUGGCCAAUAAGAUCAGCGCGGAGAUAAUCCACGACACUCCUGAUCCCUCAGCAAGCGUGACUUUGAUAAGCGAAGGCGCCGAGUGCGUGAUGAUCAACAAGCGGUUCUUCCUGCAGUACGCGCCAACUACCACCCUUAUCCAGUUCAAAGCACUGCGGGAGCAAUACACGUCGGUGGAGCAGGCGCGCAAAGAGAUACGGAACCAGCAGGCGUGGAACCUGUACAAGAGUGAUAUGGUGCGCACUUUAGCGGGGCGGAACAGGAAACAGCGGAGAUGACGAUCGGUUUGUGGUGAAUCGCCUCUUCGUUUGUAUAACGUCCACACGACGGCUAGCGCAACGAGCAAAACACAACAUAGUACGGCGAUGCCUAUGACCAGCGGAUUCACCAAGCUUUGCGCAUGCUCUACGCCCGAUGACGUCAUCUCAUUGUCAUCUUUAGCAGCGGGAAAGUUAUCAGGUGACUCGUAGACCAAUUGGAUCAUUCUCAUGUUGGUACCUUUGUUCUUGCCAAUGUCCUGCACUUCACUGGCUUCUCUGCGGUCACGUGACUUUGUAUGGACCAAUGUCUCGGUUAAAAUGUGACGUAUUUGCUUAUUGCCAUGGUAACCUUCCGCUGACCUUGUCCGCCUUGACUUGUGAUCGGAGCUGACUGAGUACACAGCAUGCAUGAACCACUUGCGGCCGCUAGAGACCUGGGGAGAAUAAUAACAAUGUAAUCAAAGUCUAUUCGGGAUAGAUUAACCCUUCCAUAUAGUAUUGGUGUGUAUUAUACCAGGGAAGAGACAAGCUGCACCUCAUUGUUAAUUAUUAUCAACAUUAUAUAUAAGUUUUAUAAAGUGUUUUGUUUUAUAAUUUUCAAAAAAGUUAUAAGCGUAAGGCGAAGCAAAGCUUACACUACUAAGUUAAAUAUGUUAUUAUAAAAAGAGUGAACUAAUGCUUUGAUACAAAAAUUCAAAAGCAGUGCAUGUUUUAAAUAGAUUAUUUUAAAAGACGCUGUUUCUUCAGGUUUUUAACCUUCUUAUAGAAUAUGUUCUUAUAAAAAUGAGAUAUUUUAAUUUUAAGAUAAACAAAAUAUGUCCAGAAUUUAGCCAAAAAUUGCCUUGUUCAUUCUUCUAUCAUGACAUCUUUAAAAUAAUUAUACAGCGUAACACAGCACGUACGAUUAA